UAUGCCAAGUGCAGGAGCUCUAAUUGCACCGGUAAUAACCACAAUUAGCAGAGAUGGUCGAUCUGGACAAAAGAUUGAUACGUCCACAUUUGUAAUGCUUGAUACAGAUUCACAAAAUUGUAAAAUGUACUUUACAACCGACGGUACGAAGCCCAAUCCUUUCCAAUUAAAAUUGGCAGGAAGAGAGGUAACUUUUCGAUACAGUGGUCCAUUCACCCUUAAACCUGGAAAAAGAACCCUAAAAGCCAUAGCCGUUUCUCGAGAUGGCCUACAGGAGAGUAAUGUUGUGACCAGGACUUUUAGUGUUGACGAUGUUGGUGAACCCACUGAAGCUGAUGAAAAUUGGUUGGCAUCUUUAGAUGAAGAAGAUUUAAAAAGGACCAGAAGAAGCUGUCCUACGAUUAGUACCGGCGUUCCUAAAAUGACUCAUUCAUCAAAAUCAAAGAUAAAAGAAGCAUGGGGAAAUACGACAGCUUCCUAUAUAAGUCAUUCGGAUGGAAAACAUGAACAUGUCCCUGGUGUUGAUGGGCCAACUGAAAGUCAUGUCCAAGUUCCAGAAAAUGGAGGAUUUAUACCUACUAAUUAUAGUGGAACUCAAUAUAAUUUUUGGGGAGUGGCUCCAGCAGCAUUUCCAGCUCCAGGAAAUGGAGUUAGCUAUCCAUAUCAUUCUCAAUUGGGCUCCAUGACUCAACAAAUGCUAAACAACUUGAACAGAAAUUCUCAGCAAAUCUCUGUAGAAGAUAUGAGAAAAAUGCUUCAAGAAGAGGCAAAAAAGGCCUUACCACCUCCGCAACCGGAACCGAAAAUUGUAGAAGUUGAACGAGAGCCACCGUUAAAAGAUAGGAGUAGCGGAUCAUGGAGAGAACAAGUGGAUCAUUUGUACGCGCAUAUAAUAGACAAAUGCCAGAAAAAUGCUAAUCUAAGAGCUAAAUUUGCAAAUUCCAAACUAGGACGAGUAACUUCUGUUGAAUUUGAUGGUGAAGAAAGAGGUUUUCUUCUCACUGUUGCUGUCGCAAGAACUGAUAAACCACCGCCAACAGCCAAACCAGUCAAACCAGUCAAACCUCCAUCACCUCCAAAACCAGCUCCUGCUCCAGCUCCAGUAAAAGCGAAACCUAAACCAACAGUUACAAAAACAAAGAGACCGAUUGUGCCUCCAAAGGAAAUGAAAAAAGAGGAAAGAUUAAAGAGAGAGGAUCCAUACUUUGUUCAGGAAGACUAUGAACAGGAUAGGAGAAAGAAAAAGAAAAAAGUAUUAAAAGUACCGAAAAAGUCCUAUGUUGAUUCUUACUUUCUUAUGGAAGACUAUGAGCAAGAGGGAACUUUAAAACCUUGGCCGUCGUUUAAUGCCGAAAGAGACUGUGAAAUACUAAGAAAAGCUAUGAAAGGAAUAGGAACGGACGAGAAGGCAAUUAUUAAUGUAAUGACUUACAGAUCCAGUGUACAACGUCAGGAAAUUUACACGAUGUUUAAGACAAUGUUCGGAAAGGAUCUUAAAAAAGAAUUUGAUUCCGAGCUUAGCGGAAAUUUCAACCAAAUUUGUCAGGCUCUUUGUCUUGGAGCAGCUGAGUAUGAUGCUAGUGAAAUUCAUAGGGCAAUAGAUGGACUGGGAACAGACGAAGAUGCCCUUGUUGAAAUACUUUGCACGAGAACCAACCAACAAAUAGAGCGUGUAAAACAGCUCUAUAAGAAGAUGUAUAAUGUUGAAAUGGAGAAGGACGUUAUCGAUGAUACUUCUGGUCAUUUUAAGAGAUUACUUGUGUCACAAAUUCAGGCAAAUAGAGAUGAAAGCACGAAAUAUGACCAAACGGCUGCCAAAGCCGAUGCUAAAGCGCUGUAUGAUGCUGGUGAAGGUAAAUGGGGAACGGACGAGAGUAAAUUUAAUGAGAUACUCUGUUCAAGAAGUUUUGCUCAUUUGAGAGCAACUUUUAACGCUUAUGCAGAAAUUAGCAAGAAAGAUAUUGAAGAUGCUAUAAAGAGUGAAUUUUCCGGAGAUAUAAUGCAAGGUCUAUUAGCGGUAGUCAGAUGUAUUAGAGAUAAGCCAGCAUACUUUGCAAAACGUCUUCAGAAGGCAAUGAAAGGUCUAGGAACAGAUGAUGACGCCCUCUUACGAGUAGUCAUUACAAGAUGCGAGUGCGAUAUGGUUCAAAUAAAAGAGGCUUUUCAAAAGAACUACUCGGGAUCUUUGGCUGAAUGGAUUAAGGAUGAUACAUCUGGAGACUAUCUAGAAGCUUUAUUAGCGUUGAUUGGAGAAAGAGCAGCUCCUGUACCAUCUGCGGAAGAUUUAGCCGAAGCUGAACCUGAACCAGAACUUGAAGAAUAUGAAGAAGAGACAUUACCAGAAGACCCCACGCUUUUACCAGCCGACCCAUUUGACCCUAAGAGAGAUUGCGAGAUUCUAAGAAAAGCAAUGAAAGGCUUUGGUACAGAUGAAGCUGCAAUAAUAAGUGUUAUGGGGCAUAGAUCGUUCGAACAAAGAGCAGAUAUAGUGAAAAUGUAUAAGACUAUGUUCGGAAAAGAUUUAGUCAAAGAGCUAAAGAGUGAAACUUCCGGCAACUUCGCUCAGCUUUUAGAAUCCCUUUGCCUUGAUGCAAUCACUUUUGAUGCUAAGGAGUUAAAGAAAGCUAUGAAGGGUAUGGGAACUGAUGAGAAUGCGCUAAUCGAAAUAAUUUGUACCAGGUCGACAGCACAAAUGGCUGCAAUUGUGGAGAGAUAUAAGGAAUUAUAUAGUAAAACUUUAGAAGAUGAUAUUAUAUCUGAUACAUCCGGUCAUUUUAAGAGACUUUUAGUGGCUCUUGUACAAGCAAACAGACCGGAUACGGGUAAUACUAUAGAUAGAGCAAAGGCAAGAAAGGAUGCAAACGAUUUGUUUAAAGCUGGUGAAGAGAAAUGGGGAACAGACGAAAGUAGAUUUAAUGUUAUACUCUGUUCUAGAAGUUUCGGCCAAUUAAGGGCAACAUUUGAAGAGUACCAGAAACUGAGCAACAAAACUAUAGAAAAAAGUAUAGAAAGCGAGAUGAGUGGAGAUCUAAAGAAAGGAAUGCUUACUGUAAUUGCUUGUAUUAGAAAUAAAUCAGAGCAAUUUGCCAAGAUGCUACAUAAAUCUAUGAAAGGGUUAGGAACCGAUGACAAUUCCCUUAUACGUAUUCUUGUGACAAGAUGCGAAGUUGAUAUGGUUCAAAUAAAGGAGAAAUUCCAGAGUCUCUAUAAACAAACCUUAGCAGAAUUCAUUAAGGACGAUACAUCCGGAGAUUAUAGGAAGUUACUUCUCUCGCUAAUUGGUUAA